GGGAGCCUGGGGACACAGGAAGGGGCAGGAAUCCAAGGUCAGGCAAAGCAAGGAAGCCACAAUUCUAAUCGGAGGGUUGCCUGUGACAUGUUUGCUGUGCCUCCAAAACCAGGCCGUUAGUACCUAGAGGAGCCUGGGCUCGGUGCCAGGAGGGGCCACCAGGAAGGUCCCCCACCUACCAUCACCUCCAGCUCCGCGGGUCUCCUCCCUACCAGGCUCAGGUCUGGCCCGCCCCAGCAGGUGGUCACUCUGGGGGCCACCACCAACAACCCCCUCCAGGUUGGGGGCAGGUAUAGGAGCUCAAGGCUUUCCCCAGGGAGGGAGGAAAGAGGCGGGGCGGCGGCGAAGGCCCGGGAUAUAAGGGGCGGAGGCGCGGCUCGCAAGCCCAGCCAACCCACCAUGCACGCCCCCCAGCUGCCGGUGUUCCUCCUGCACGUCUGGUGGGUCCUGCGCCAGGCGGGCGCCGCCACGGUGGCCCCGGUGCCGCUCCGAACGCGGGUACAGCCCUCGUCGCCGUCCCCUCUCGCGUACAUGCUGAGCCUCUACCGGGACCCGCUGCCCCGGGCGGACAUCAUCCGCAGCCUGCAGGCUCAAGAUGUGGAGGUGGAUGGGCAGAACUGGACCUUUGCUUUUGACUUCUCCUUCCUGAGCCAAGUGGAGGAUCUGGUGUGGGCCGAGCUCCGGCUGCAGCUGUCCCGCCCUGUGGACCUGCCCCCCGGCGUCCCACUCUCCAUCGAGAUUCUCCACCAGCUAAAGCCCGAUGCGGAGCAGGACCCGGCUGACUGCCACGAGCGUCUUCGGAUGGACCUGUUCACCGUCCCUCUGUCCCAGGUUACCUUUUCCUCAGGCAGCAUGGUCCUGGAGGUGACCAGGCCACUGUCCAAGUGGCUGAAGCACCCCGGGGAGCUGGAGGAGCAGAUGUCCGGUUUGGUCGGAGAGUGUCAGCGGCGGGCUCCCACCCCGCCUGUCACCAGCGUGCUCCUGCUGCUCUACUCCAACCUCUCCCCAGAGCAGAGGCGGCUAGGGGGCUCCACCUUGCUGUGGGAGGCUGAGAGCUCCUGGCGCGCCCGAGAGGGACAGCUGUCCCAGGAGAGGGGCCGGCGGCACCGUCGACAUCACUUGCCGGACAGAAGCCAGCUGUGUCGGAAGGUCAAGUUCCAGGUGGAUUUCAACCUCAUUGGGUGGGGCUCCUGGAUCAUCUACCCGAAGCAAUACAAUGCCUAUCGCUGCGAGGGGGAGUGUCCUAGCCCUGUGGGGGAGGAGUUCCAUCCCACCAACCACGCGUAUAUCCAGAGUCUACUGAAACGAUACCAGCCCCACCGAGUCCCUUCCACCUGCUGUGCCCCAGUGAAGACCAAGCCACUGAGCAUGCUCUAUGUGGACAACGGCAGGGUCCUCCUGGACCAUCACAGAGACAUGAUUGUGGAAGAAUGCGGGUGCCUUUGACGAGAUCCUGGUGGGGCCGGAUUUGCCUAUACCCUGGGACAUUGGGAAGGUCCUAGAAGACACGAGAACCAUCUAAUGCAAUGAGGAGACACAGAGGGGGAAAGGUUGUUCUGCGUGCUAGACCAAGGAGGAAGGGCUGUCCCCUCCGUAAAGGAAGGCUCUGGGAAAUGUGCCUCAUAUGGAGGCUGCUGUCAGGAGAUGGCAGGCUGGUUGGCUGUUCUUCCUGAAGAGAUGGUGGUGAUCAGAAGCACUAGGGCAAGGGUUCUUUACUUGACUUCUUAACCUAUGAAUCCCCAGAAAUGAUAGUCAAAAGGUGGGGCAUGUGUGCAUUCAUCUUUGAGGUGGGGCAGGUUACCAAUGACUUUUAUGUAUUCUCAGAAGGGGUCUUGGACCAGCCCUGCCCCCCCACCACCCAGCAAGAUGAACUUCACUGUGUUAAAUGAAAAACAGUUUCUCUCAUUGUCUCUGGCUGGUUUGGGGUAGCCCCGCCCCCCAGGCUGGCUGGUGGCGAUGUGCUGGCCUUGUCCAGAGGCUCCCCGGAGUGGGUCUCUGCUAAUUAUGUGCACAGACACUACAACCAUUGUGAAGUCCUCCCAGGCCAGCUGGUGCCUUUGAAGGGAGAGGCAGGAACUCCCCCAGAGAGCUGGCCACGGUGCACUCCAGGAGUGGAGCCCUCGGGAACCCCCCCAACCUCCCCGACCCCCCGUCAGCCUGCUUGGUAGACACUGUCCGAGUCU